AAGAAAAGAUGCUCAUCGGCCCCGCACCAAACCAUACCUCCACGCACGCGAUACUCGCUGCUUCCUUUUUCCCUUUCCCCCCCUCCUUCUCCGCGUCUCCACGCCCGCCCCUCGCGAUCGAUCGUACGGAUGUCGGAUCGCGUCGCCGAGCACGUCGGAGCCCUCGUGCGCCGCCUUGCGCGCCACCUCAACCGCAGGAUCUCCGACACCCUCGCCCUCCUCCUCCGCCACAAGAGCGCCGGAUCUCUCGGCGCCGUCGCCGGAUUCGCCAUCGCCGUGGUCUUCGUGUGGAAGUUCCUGAGGUCGCCGCCCACCAGGCCGAGGCGGAGCGCACCGAAGCGGAGGGUCCCGAGCGCCGCGGCGGAUUCGGGAGGAGCGGGGACCGCGCCGAAGCUGGAGGUCUCCGAUGCGGUCGAGUCGACCCCGCUCACUACAGGGCAAAUUGUGAGGAAGAAAUUAAGCGGCGUUCGGAAGAUGACUUGCCAGAUUCUAGGUGUGAUUUUGGAGGAGACAAGUCCGGAGGACCUUCAGAAACAUGCUACUGUUAGGUUACCGGUUGUGGAACUGCUGCUUGAAAUAGCCAAGCAUUGUGAUCUCUAUUUGAUGGAAACAGUUAUCGAUGAUGCUAGUGAGGAAAGAGUGCUUUUGGCCCUGGAAAGUGCUGGACUGUUCCAAAGUGGUGGUUUGAUGAAGGAAAAGGUCCUCUUUUCCAGCACUGAAAUUGGGCGCACCUCCUUUGUUCGACAAUUGGAGUCAGAUUUCCAUGUCGACACAAAUCUUGAAAUAAUCUCCCAACUAUCUCGAUUCAUAAGAUACCAACUAUACAUUUCACCAAUGGAAGCGGGCCAAAUUGCACCUAAUGUAUAUACUUCUUCAAGUUUGGAGCAGUACUUAUGCAGUCCCCCCUGAGAUUCGUAAUCUGACGUAAUGCACUUUGCUGCUAUGCUGAUGCUGUCGCUUAUCUUUUGUUCUUUUCUUUUUUUUUCCUUUUCCACCCGAACUGUUUACAGUGCCGGACAUUUUAGCAUAAGCUUCAACUGCUGCAUUUGAGGAGCUAAUGUUGUAGAUAUGUAGUUCCUUUUUCUAUUCUCUUCUUUUCUUUCUUUCUUCUUUUUGUUAUUGCUUCUUUUUUAUUUCAAAAAUAGAGGACAUUCAAGGCCAUGUUCGGCAAUUGUAUUCGUGUAUUUUGAUGCAUACAGAGGGUUACGUUUCCUAGAACAUGGAAGGCUAGUUUGAUUAUGUA